AUGACCACAUCGCGACCGCCCACCUCGUCUUGUGCCAUCGACGACGGCAACCAUCCCAGAGCUGCUACCAUAACACAGUUUGCCUACAGUUUGGUCGUGCUCUACGACUGGACGUCCAACGAACUUGCUGCAUACAACAUCACAGUAGUCUUUCAAGACGCUGCCACCUUCUUCGAGACGCCGGAUCUACCCCAGCCAGCUGUAAAUCCAAAUGUACUCACCACUUUGGAAUACCGCAAUGCCCCUGAUGACGACACCUACAGGCUCCUGAGGAAUUUGGAUCUCGCUACGACCCCAGUGCCAGCGGAAGAAUCUGCUGUUGACGAUUUCGCAGUGCUCCUGUUGCGUGCACUUGGCUAUGAACCGAGAGGAAGGACUUUGAGGACCAGGAAAGACUUAAUCCUUCUCGUUUGUGGCGAAAAUAGGCAUUCUAAAGCCGACGUGUGCCUCAUUGACGAAGAAGAAAUCCUACUCCUCGUCCAGGAAGACAGGCAAUACAUGGCUCCAGAAGAUCCCAAAGCACAACUCAUCGCAGGUGCCAUCGCUGCGUUCGCCACAACCAAUCGGACCCGUGUGUACACCUUAGGCCUACCUCCCCUGCCAUCGAAGGACAUCGCCGGCAUCACUAUGACGGGCACUUCGCCUGUCUUCUACAAAAUCAAUAUUUCGGCGGAACUCGUGAUCGCUGUUGGCGGCGGCGCGUAUUCCGAUAAACAGACUGCUGUCUAUGCACACCUUCCUUGCGUCCCAAGACCUCUGCGCCGUUCGAGUGAAGGUAUGAAGCCGCUGGACAAUAGGCGGGUUAUCCUGUCUUACUAUGAGGCAUUCAGGAGAUUUGUGAACUAG